GUAAGGGCAAAGGAAAGGGAAAGAGAACAUGAGAGGUGAAACGAGCGGCAGUGGAGGCGGGGAGGCCGGGCCGAGCUCCCGGUCGGCGGCGGCGGUGGGGGAGAGGAGGUUCACCCCGGCGGCACAGCCGGAGAUCAUGCGGGCCGCGGAAAAGGAUGAUCACUACGCCGCGUACGUCCACGACGCCUGCCGCGACGCAUUUCGCCACCUCUUCGGCACCAGGGUUGCUGUGGCAUACCAGAGCGAGAUAAAGCUAUUAGGCCAGACACUUUACUAUAUAUUGACAACUGGUUCUGGACAGCAGACUCUGGGGGAAGAGUAUUGUGAUGUUUGUCAGGUUGCAAGUUCUUACGGAUUGUCACCGACACCAGCAAGACGAAUGCUUUUUAUUGUAUACCAGACUGCAGUUCCUUAUCUUGCAGAAAGAAUCAGCUCUAGGAUGGCUGCCCGUGGUAUCAUUUUGGCUGAAUCACACUUUGAUGAGAUUUACGGAAACAACAACCCAAGAAGAGCCCAAGUACAAAUUUCUGAUACUCCCGAGAGCUCAUCUUCAGCAACUAUGUCUUUAUCAACUAUAUCAAGGUUGAGAGAGAAUAUCCAUGGUUUAUGGUUGUGGAUACUUCAGAAGUGGCCGUCGGUGCUUCCAUUUGCUCGUGAGGUUCUACAGUUGGCUCUUCGUACAAACCUAAUGUUUUUUUACUUUGAAGGAUUGUAUUAUCAUGUGUCAAAACGUGCAGCAGGCAUCCGCUACGUUUUUAUUGGGAAGCCAUCAAACCAAAGGCCUAGAUACCAAAUUUUGGGUGUAUUCCUUUUAAUUCAGCUUUGUAUUCUUGGAGCUGAAGGAUUACGGAGAAGUAAUCUGUCUUCAAUUACAACUUCUGUUCAUCAUACAUCUCUUGGAAGCCACCAGUCAUCCUCAGGUCGAGAUUUGCCUGUUCUGAAUGAAGAUGGCAAUCCGAUUCCUGAUAAUAACUCUAAUAAAGGCAGUUGGGCCACUGAUUCCUUUGCUCUUUCGGAGCCCCAGUCAUCAGGUGGCAUGAGCAAAUGUACCCUUUGCCUCAGUUCACGCCAACAUCCUACAGCAACACCCUGCGGCCAUGUCUUCUGCUGGAACUGCAUCAUGGAAUGGUGCAAUGAAAAGCCUGAAUGCCCGCUCUGCCGAACUCCCAUAACUCACUCAAGUUUAGUUUGCAUAUAUCAUGCUGACUUUUAACACCAAUUGGUCCACAAUGCAAUUUGGAGAAGAAAAAAAUUCAAUUUUGUAUUCGACGGAACUGGGGGAAGAUGUCAAUGAACACCAGUCACCAGAUGAGACAAGCCAAUCACCACUUCA